AUGAACAACAUCGACUCGCACCCCCGCCUCCUCUCCCUCAGCACGCCCCCCUCCUCCUCGCGCCCCUCCUCCAUCGUACCCACAACCCACACGCCCUCGCCCCGCCGCAGCCACGACUCGCAGCACGACGCGCACCACUUUGCGCACCUGUCCGCGCACCUGCACUCCACCAAGGCGGAAUCCGGGUUCCAAACGUCGCUGCGGCGGUUGUGGAGUGGCGUUAAGGAGGUUGCGAGGGAGCAUCAUAGGAGUGUGAAUGCGGCGUAUGAGGCGACGCAUGGGGCGGGGGCGGGGGUUAGGGGGGUUGUGGGGGUGAGGGUUUGA